AUGGAUGUCUCAGCCGGUAUCGCCGACAUUAAUUUUAUUAUUGACGUUAUUAAAACUCUCAUCGAUGCAGCCCCUAAAGCGACCCGCAAUUUCCAUGACCUGAAAUCCGAAUGCAUGUUGCUCGGGGCUAACCUGGAUGCAUGCAAAAAGCGCUUCGCCGGCGCGCAGUUGGAUGGGUGGCAGAGGGGAAACGUGGACAUGGUUUUGGGGAGGUGCCUGAAAACUCUGGAAAACUUGAAGCGUCUCUUAGAGAGCGGUCGAAGUGUCAAGUCAGGCUCGCCAAGUAUUGCAGCCAUGGUCAAUUUCUCCAACACAAAGAUAGCAGAGUGGAAAGACAAAGUCAGGUCAGCCAGGGCAGAUCUAACUUUUAUUUUCUGCAUGGAUACGAGUUUUUCCAAUGCAUCGAUCGCGGACGAAGUUUGCCUCAUGAGGUCUGAGAUGACGAGGAUAGGUACGCAAAUACGAGGUUCAUCGAACGUAUCGCUGCACACAAGUCAUUCGUGCUCGACGAUAAGCCAGAACCACUGGCGUGAUAUACGAUCUGCCCUUAGAGAGAAAGGCGUCACCGGCCAAGUUCUCAAGACAUACAAGGAGCAGAUAAUUCUCGGGGUUCAAAGACUUAUUAGUAUUGAUGGGGAAACACCACCAACCACCGAAGCGAUUGUUACAAGCCCCUCUACCAUUGGUGUAACCCUUGUCGGCGCUGCAGGGCGGGAUGACUGGGAUCCGGUGGAAGGGCUCAUCCGGGACAGCAUAAAUAUCAACAUCCAUGAUGGCAGCGUGCAGACGACGUGUUCACUCGCGAUCUCCCGCAAGCAGUGGACCAUUGUCGAGGCACUGGUAGGGCGGGGCCUGUCUCCGGACAGCAAGUCCGUAGAUCAGCAGCCAGCCAUUGGUGUCGCUGCAGAGUCUCAGGCCUGGAGCACGGUUGACUUCCUGGUUUUGAAGGGUGCCAGCUUUAAAGUCCGCAUCAAUGGGGACAACACGGCCAUCAGCCCACCUCAUAGGGAAUCUGCGGAGGGCCGGCACCCGGCGGCAAGCGCUCGAAUCACCACGCCCCCGAGAGUGGUUACUUUGCAGGUUUAUGAUAAACAAUAUGGGCCAAGGGCAAAGCAGCGCUCGAGCGGUGAUCCAAUCAUUGUAGCAGCUGCGGCUGCGCAAAGCUGGACCACGGUAAGUCUGCUCACUGAGCACGGAGCGAACGUGAACGCGAAGGACAGCUUGGGCAGGUCCGCGUUCUACUACGUUCUUAUCGCUAUGAGGCCUCACUUGCACCUGCUCGAAGACAUGCAGGGAUUACAUGCAGACGGUAAUCGUCACAGGGGCCCGUCGCAAGAAGCGCUAGAUGUGGACAGAGUAGCAAUACUCCUCUUGGAAAAGGGAGCUGCUGCAGGCCAGCCAGAAUUCGAAGCCAUUUCCGGAGGUACAGCUGGGGAUAAGCUUCGGCGACGGGUCUUGAACUGGAACAACAUGCCCCGGGGCUCCAGGUCGUUGCUUAAUCGACCUGACGGCUGGCAGGGUGUGUAUAUAGGCUUUUCCCUUCUUUACAAUUAUCGGGUGAUAGUUCUUUGUCUGCUUCUUUUGUGGCUAGCAUGGUCACCCAGCACUAGAUUGACAGACUGA